AUGGAAGCGAAUCUAAGCGAACUGGAAGUGAUGAAAUUCCUGAUCGAAAAGGGCGGCAGAUGUACAAACUACGAACUGGUGUCCAACUUUAGGGCUGUUCUCAAUAACCCCCUCUACCAAGCUGAAGCCCGAGUCAAAUUUAAAGACAUCAUAAAUACAGUUGCCACUGUUGGAGAAUAUGAGAAUGUCAAGUAUAUUGAACUGAAGCAAGAAUAUCGGGACAAUAAUUGCAAUCAGCAAGAAAAUUUUUCCUCUGUGUCUUCUAGUCUGUCUUCAGAAGGAAGCUCCUACACUUCGCCUCUUACGCAAAAUUUUCAACCUUACUGGCGAUAUCGACUUUCUACGAGUACGCGUGUCCCGACAUUGCCUUCCAGGAGUCCUGAGUAUGAGAAUGUGCUACUGCAGUCUUCCAGAGAAACUUGUCCUUCCCCCUCUCCUAUCCAAUUUAACAGAUCUGUCUCUGAGUCUACCUUAUCUCACCCAGUGAAGAACCAUCCUCACCACGAGGAUGGCUCUUCACCCACGAGAAGACAACGAGGAUUAUCUGCCAGUUCUUUCAAUAGAUCUUUCCUAGAAAACCAUUACAGAAAUCAAACUCCACACUUGGAGGAAAACCAACCCAUCAGAAGAGUUUCAGUCAGUGAUUUGGAUACAUCCAACAGAAUUGCAUAUAACAAAUCGCAAGCCAAUUAUUCACCAGAAAGGCCGCAUAAUCUCUAUGGACGGCAUUUCAAUGGCAUAUUAAAAAAUCCACCACCUUCAAACCAUGAGUUCAAUCGAACCGUCAGCGAAUCUAUUCCUCUCCGUCCACCUGAGACGUACUUUGAGGGAGACAUCGGUCUUCCACAGCAUCCCAUGUUUAGAAGACCGUCGCAUCAUUCAGCGACUGAUUUGAAUAGAUCUGAACUAGCACAACCUGCUAUUGCAGAUGACUGUUCUGUACGAACAACGAAGAGAUCUGGGAUUUGUAAUGAUGAGAUUUUGUUAAAACUGCAGGAGGACAAUUAUUCUAAAACUUCUAGCACACCUAUUUCAAUGUGUAUCAAUCGAAUGCAUGGAAUACCAGCAAAAGAUUCUUUUCAUGACAUUCCUGUCUCAGUAUUUUCUGAGACACCUGUUUCAACAAGCAUCAGUCGAAGUGAUGCAAAGGGUUCUUUUCAUAGCACUUCUGUUCCUGAAUGUACUGAAACAUCUGUCUCAGCAAGCAUCAAUCGAAUGCAUGGAAUACAUGCAAAAAACUCUUUUAAUGGCAUUUCUCGCUCUGAAUAUUCUGAGAUGCCUGUUUCAACAAGCGUCAAUCGAAGUGAUGCACAGGAUACUUUUCGUCACACUCCUGUCUCUGAAUAUUCUGACACGUCUGUCUCAGCAAGCAUCAAUCGAAUGCAUGGAAUUCAUGAAAGGGACUCUUUUCAUGAUGAUACAUUUUCUAAACAACCUGAUGGUUCUUUUCCACUUGAAAAUUCAAACCUCAAUAAUGCAUCCGAAUGUACUGAUUUUAGGAAGCGGGAACAAAUUGAAAAAUUUGGUACCACUAGUCGGAACACUAUCAGUGCAUCGAUACCAAAAACUGCUUACCAAUACCACAAUAGCACUGGUAACAAUCUGAAAGAAACAGUGGCAGAUGAUCUAAGUAGUACAAGCUGCGUUUCUCAGAAGAACUUUCAGUGUGAUAAUUAUCAAAAAGAAGAAAUUUCUUUACGUACGCCUUUCUCCGGCCUUGAUGUUUACAGUAAUCAUUCGGAUUCUUUGAACUUAGGAAACGAAACUGCUGCUUCGAAUCAGCGAGUGCUAGGAAACCUUGAAAAUAGUAUUCAAAAUUGUGUUGAGCAACACGAAAAACCUCCACCGUUACCACCAGAGAGGAGACGUAAGUCGCAAGACAGAUCACGAGUAGAUGUAGAUGUCAGUGAUAACAACAGUACAGAGCAAAUGCUGGAGAAGGGGAUCGUGACCGUAACUGGAAAGGUGAAGGAUCGAGUCCAGCACUUCGACGACAUGGAGAAAAAAAGAAACACCAAACGGUGCCUCUCCCCCCUGCCAGACAAGGAGAACAGGAUGACAAAGAGCGCCGGCAUGGAAGACGACAUCUCGAUUUCUGCUCUUGAUCCGAAGCUGAAGCGGGAGUGGUUCGUGAAGGCGGCUCAAGGUGAUUAUCAUGCUCUUGUCGGACUGCUGAAAAAGGAACCCAAACUGGCGGCCAUCAAGGAUAUUGGUUCGGGGGUAAGUUUUGAUAUGUGUUUCAUCUUUUUAUAUGGACUAUUUUACGCAGUUUUAUUUUAA